UACAAUGAGAGAAUGAGCUUUCGGAUUCGGGUCUUGGUAAUAUAAAAAUCCAAUCCGAAUCUGUUGGCCUUCUUCUCGCCGGAGUUGCCAGAGAUGAUCGUCUCCGUUGCCGUCGUCGGACAGCAGAACAACCCCCUUUAUCUGCAGAGCUUCACCGAAGCUGGCGAUGAACUGAAGCUCCACCACAUCGUCCACUGCUCCCUUGAUGUCAUUGACGAGCGAGUGAAUAAUCCAAAGAAGAAUUGGCCUACUCUGAAUGAGACAUUUCUUGGUCUUCUGUAUCCAUCUGAGAAUUAUAAAGUAUAUGGCUACUUAACUAAUACAAAAGUGAAAUUCAUUCUGGUCACAAAUGAAAUCGAUGUCAAAGAUGCAGACAUGAGAAAUUUUUUCAGGCGAUUCCAUGCCGCAUAUGUAGAUGCAGUCUCGAACCCUUUCCAUGUUCCGGGAAAGAAAAUAACAUCUAGAUCUUUUGCGGUACGGCUUAGUGCCAUCGUCAAGUCUUUUGAAUCUGGCUCAAAUGCAUGAACAUAUCUAUUUCGUUCCUGUGACAGACAUCACAUAGCAACUGUAAGUGCAAAAUUAUUUAGUUCUCAAGUUCUUGAAGUUCUUGUGCCUUGUAUACCCUUCGCAUGCCCGAAAUUUCUCAAACCAAGCUCUUUAAACAUGUUAAUUAUUGUUUAUUCUCCGCGUUAUCAUUCCUGAUCCUUGCGCUUUCUUCGUUAUCUAAAACUGUAGUUGCAGUUACAGAUAUUCAUUUUGGUGGUUGAUAAAUCACUAAUGUGUUUUUUUUUUUUGUAUCACUUCUUUAAAUGUUUAUACUAAAACAAAAUCUUGAGCAUGUCAAAUUUCAUGAAAAAGAAAAAAGUGGGAAAGUGGAAAUCUUUGACAUCUGGUAAACUUGAACAGUUGAACGCCAUGAUUGGCCAAGAA